UCAGUGAUUUGUCAAUGUCAAUCAAAUAUCAAUGGCGAUGCUACGCAAAGCACAAAUAAAUAAAUUUUACAACUUGUAAAUAGAAUAGGGUGUUCAGUGUGUUUAUUGAUUACAUUGAAAUAAAAUAUUUAAGCAGUAUUCUUGGAAAUUAUUUAAAUCACAGUAGCUAACAAAACCUAAAGAUGGCUGAUAUAUUGGAUAUAUUAGACAUAGAAAUGCCUGCAUCUGAAAUCAGCAGGGAAAGUAUAAUACAUGGUGAUAGAGCCAAGAAGAAAUAUGUGACUGCAAAAGCUGUGAAACGGCCUGAAGGCAUGCAUCGGGAAGUGUUUGCCCUCUUAUACAACGACUCUAACAAAGAACUCCCUCCUAUGUUACCAACAGACACAGGCAAGGCUUACAAACAAACAAAGGCAAAAUUGGGCAUGCGAAAGGUGAGGAAGUGGGUAUGGGCCCCAUUUACGAACCCGGCCAGGACUGACAAUGCCGUGUUCUACCACUGGAAGCGGGCUGCCGAUGAAGCAAAAGAGUAUCCAUUUGCACAGUUCAAUAAACAAGUCUCAAUACCAUCCUACUCCGAGUCUGAAUACAACCAGUACCUGAAGUCCGAAGACUGGAGUCAAGCAGAAACUGAUCACUUGAUGGACUUGUGCCAACGGUUCGAUCUCAGAUUCAUUGUGAUACACGACAGGUGGGAUCGGGCUGCUUUCAGAGAUAGGAGUGUUGAGGACUUGAAGGAGAGAUAUUACAACAUAUGUUCUAUAUUGAGCAAAGUGAAAACAAAUCCCUGGUCUAACACAAGCACCUUGAUCAACGGUGAAAAACGGACUUACCACUAUGACGCGGAACACGAAAGAAAGAGAAAGGAACAACUUCGGAGACUAUUUGAAAGGACACAGGAACAGAUCGAUGAAGAGCAAAUGCUGCUAGCGGAGUUAAAGAAGAUCGAGGCCAGAAAGCGAGAAAGAGAAAGGAAGACCCAAGACCUACAAAAGCUCAUCUCAAGAGCAGACAGCGGUAAUGUAGCGACGGCCAAUCACGUCGCGAAUAAUAACGAGAGUGCUGCCAACAUGGCCAACACUACGCCUAAUGCUGCAAGACGACACGAUAAGAAGUUGCAGAAGAAAAAGUUGACAGCUCAGCAGAGACCAGUCCGGGCAGUUGAGGCUGUGACAGUGGAGUGGUCGGGCAUCAAGUUCCCGGAGUCGCGCGGCGCCGGCGUGGCGCUGCGCUCGCAGCGCAUGAAGCUGCCGCCCGGCGUCGGCCGCAAGGCCAAGGCCAUCGAGCAGGAGCUGCGGCACCUCAACAUCGAUGUGGCGCCGACACCGACAGAAGCUAUUUGCAAACACUUCAAUGAGCUGAGAUCAGACUUGGCAUUGGUAUUGGACUUGAAAAGCGCACUGGUGUCCUGUGAGUUCGAGCUGCAGGCUCUCCGGCAUCAGUAUGAAGCUGUCAAUCCUGGAAAGACUCUCACCAUACCAGCUUCAAUAUGCAGCUCGACAGACAACGAGACGAAGCCCAUGAGUGAAAUAAUUGAUGUUGUUGGAUCUCCGAGUGCUCACAACAGCACAAUCUAAACCAUUGUACCUUGUUUAGUUUACUUUAAUAAUUUUAAGUGUGCUAUUCUAUAAUAAUAAAGUACAUAUUGCUAAUUAUCAAAAAAAAAAUUAUUAAUAUUAAUUCCACUUAAAUAAUUGUACUAUCCAUCAUUGUUUUUAUAUCUGUGUAUCCAGCUAAACCUGGCUUUCGAAUUUUGUGACGUAUGUCAGAAUGAAUAUGAAUAUUUUGCAUCUAAGCAAAGAUACUGUAACUACUUAUAUUUUUUUAUCUAACUUUCAUAACUUUCGCGUGGCCGAACAAUUUUUGGUAAUGAGUCAAAAUUAUUAGAGAAAUUCAAUUGUACAGACAAAUGUAACGAUACCUAUACAUACAGAGGUGUUCCAGACCUUCGAUUUUUAUACCUCAACAGAAAAUGCUCCUCAUGAGCUUCAACUGAACAACUUUUCAUAGAGCAUCAUUUCCAUAUUCCCUAUAGUUUAGCUGUGCCAUCAUAGAUCUACAUCAGGUGUUCCAGAUCUUUGCUUUUUAUAUCUCAACAGAAAAUGCUCCUCAUGAGCUUCAACUGAACAACUUUUCAUAGAGCAUCAUUUCCAUAUUCCCUAUAGUUUAGCUGUACCAUCAUAGAUCUACAUCAGGUGUUCCAGAUCUUUGCUUUUUAUAUCUCAACAGAAAAUGCUCCUCAUGAGCUUCAACUGAACAACUUUUCAUAGAGCAUCAUUUCCAUAUUCCCUAUAGUUUAGCUGUACCAUCAUAGAUCUACAUCAGGUGUUCCAGAUCUUUGCUUUUUAUAUCUCAACAGAAAAUGCUCAUCAGAGUGAACAAUUUUUGUUAAAUUGUUCAUUUCUAUAUUCCCUAUAGUUUAGUUCAGUAGAACCAGAGAUUAACAGCCUUUUUAAAAAAAAUCUUAUUCUAUUCCUGAUUCUCUAUCAAUAUCAAUUUUUUUAAUUUAAAUAUCUUCAAUGUAAAGAAACACUUUUUACUGUUUUAUUAUAUGUAUUCAUUAUAAGUGAAAAAUCUUCCC